AUGACCCCUGCAGACGUUCCCGCACCAGGCCCACAACUACCUGACGACCAAGCGCUGAACGACAUCGAGGAAAUCCGAGAUCUGGUCGCACGACGCAACCGAGCGCUCGACUCGUUACACCUUGACCAAGCUGAGAGAGAUGGGUUACGCACGGAUUUGAAUGAGACCGGGUGGCCGGUAACCCUCUGCAAAGGUGGCUCACAGACAAUGAGGGCCAAGAAAGAGCCGUUCGAUGCCCGCGAUCUUUAUGCGCUGCUAUGUAUCAUGCGGCACAUGAACAUGCGGCACACUGAUGUUGCGCUCAACGAAUUACGUCUCUUCUUCAAGAAUCAGACCAGCUCAGGGUUCAGGGAAAAGUGGAACAAGAUGCGAAAAAGAUGCGAAAAAUUAUGGAAAGAACCUGAUGACAAGGAGCUGAUAGAGCUGUACGAGGGCCCCAACAAGCCUUUCAGAGAUAUUGCUCGAGAGAACUUCCCAGAGUUUCGAGAAGCCGUGAAGAACUUUCCGCAAUCGGAUAUGCAGAUCGAGAUCGCGUAUCUGAUUGCGAAGAAAAGGGAAGUGAAAGAAUCCGACGAUGACACAGGUAACAGUGCUGGUGACGGAAAUUAG